UUUACACCAUCAAAUUGGCGCCGACCGUGGGACCUAUUACAAAUAAUCCAUGACAAGUAACCAGGAAACGGUCAUUUCGCAAAUCUCUACUCCCGCUGAGAACGCCAUGUCGUUCCCGGGAGGGAGUGCCCAACCCUCAACCCAGAUUCCUACCCCCAUUAUCACCAUUCCAACACCUACUCCAUUCACUUCCCCUGUUACCUCUGUCCCCAUUUUCCCUCCAAAUUUUCUCGGGCACAUGGACCCGAUGUUUUCACAGGCGUUCCAGAAUUUUGGACAAUUCAUGUCUAUGUUUCAACAACCGGGAGGAUUUUCUCCCUUCAUUCCUGGGUUAUAUCCACAAUCUUUGCCCCAAAUUAACACCAUCCGUCUGGUCGCUCCAACAAAUCUGAUCGGAGAGAUGGACAAAGCUGGUCCAUCCCGGUCUAGAAGGAGUCGGUCACAGAGGUCGCACACUCAGAUCACGCCUGAUGGCGAUGUGUGCUCGGUCCAUAGCAAGGAUUUGGACUGGGAUGUCCCCCAGGCGCAAAAGAAGCUGAAGGGAAAGGCGGUCCAGCCUGAAGCAUCCAGGAGAUCAGCAUUCCAAAGGCUGGGGCAUGAUGGCCGAAACCAAAACCGACCGGCCAAAGAGCGAUUAGGAGUGGAGACGACCUCGUUGAGUGCUUUUGACCGCCUGGGGAGAGGGGCUGGGCGACCUGGUCGGACCAGGCGCGCGGAGCCACCCCCUCGCGAUGGGCCCCAGAACAGUCGGGAACCCCGAGAAGAAGAAGCGAAAAGCCAUCCUAGGAACACGGUCCGCACUCACAUGGAGCAACCCAGGGACUGUGUGGGCCUGGUUGAAGCGCGUUUGGAAAAACUGCAGGGACGGGUAGACCGGGAUGAAAAGAAGAAAAUCUUGCUGAACGAAUCUCCGUUCACAGACCAGGUUCACAAAACUCUGUUUCCAAAGAAAGCGAAACUGGAGGUUCCAAAGUUCACUGGGAAGGAGGACCCGGAGAUACAUGUCAAAACCCUUCACCAGAGUGGAAGGAUGAUGGGCCUUUCCGGGGACGAAAAAUGCCUGCUUUUCUUCCAAACCCUCCGCGGCCGAGCCGCUGAGUGGUUUCACAACCUCCUGGCCGGCGAAAUCGAUUCUUUUGAUGAGCUGGCCAAGGAGAUGGACGACAAAACAGCCAUGGCCCUCCUGGUGUCCGGGCUCCGGUCCAGAGAGUUGUAUAAAGAGUUCUGCAGGAGGCCUCCCCAAUCCUACCAAGAGGCCUACAACACGGCUUGGGACUACGCUGACGCCGAGGCACAGGUGUCAUCCAAGAGGGAGGCCGAGCAAGGCCACUCCAAGGGAAGGAUUUCCUUGAAAAAGGAAAUCGAACUGCCCGACAGGGUAAAAGCAGAAGUCCUGGAGGUGAAGCCGGCCAAGUUGGAGAAGAAACCAGCCGAGGAGAAUGUUAAGGGGAUGAUCAAGCAGAUGAUAGAGGCAGGAGAGCUUGAUCCAGAAUAUCUGGCUCAGGCGAAACCAAAGAAGAACCAAUGGGUCAGGCCCGAAGGACAACCGGCCGAGCAGAAUAAGAAGAAGGCCGCCGGCAAGGAGCACUUACAGGUCAUCUAUGGUGGACCGAAAGGUGGAGAUUCUGCUUCUCAAAGAAAGAAGUGGGGACGAGAACUCUACAUUGGCACUGUUGCCCUAGCUCCCCGAUCAAAGCAAGCCAAAAGGGAGCCAAUCACUUUCACAGACCGAGAUCUUCCUGCCACCGGGGAAGACCACAAUGAUCCUCUGGUUAUAACUAUGGACAUGGGUGGAGUCAAUGUCUCCCGGGUACUUGUUGACACGGGUAAUAGUGUCAAUGUUUUGUACCUGGAUGCCUUUGAGAAACUCAAGUUGUGUCGAACACAGCUUGAGCCCUUAAAGACUCCCCUGUUCGGGUUCACCGGCGAUUCUAUGGAAGCUGAGGGGUCAAUCCUCUUAACUUCUAAAUUAGGUACGUGUGACAAAGUCAUCCAUAAGCAGAUGAGGUUUGUUGUGGUGAACAUAAAAUGCGUUCACAAUGCCAUCCUGGGCCGUCCAGAAAUAAACAAAGCCCGUGGAAUCAUCUCCAUGGCCCACCUCUGCAUGAAGUUCUAUACCCCGGGCGGUAUCGGACAAGUCAGAGGAGAUCAAAAGAAGGCACGGUCUUGUUACUUGGAGGCUGUGAAAAAGAUGACAAACGCAUUCGAAAGGGUUACCUUGGUUUCCUAGGAGGAAGAACGGUCAAAGCUGGAACCGGGUGACGAAACCGAGCAGAUUGUUCUCUGGGAAGCAUUUCCGGAGAGAAUGGUUUUGAUAAUGCCAAACCGCCGUGAUCAAGUCAAACUUUGAAUAUACAAGGCGAAGAAGGAAGAACAAGAGCUAAAAGAAGACCAAGAACGAAGACCUUAGUCUUAGUGUCGUUGAGUCGGUCUUCAUUGUGAUCAAGACCGACCCAAUCUUUACACCUUGGCUCUUUAGGCUAAAAACCUUCAUUGCACUUCUUAAAUCAUAAAAAUGUUUUUCAAACAUGUUUAAGUCAUUAAAAACACUUGGUGUUCGCCCAAACCAAAAACCAAGCCAUCCGGCGUUUGGGUUUCAGAAACUGGCGUUCGGCUCUCGGUUAUCGGCUAUGGUUUUUGGCAUCCGAACCAACCAAGUGGUUUUCAACUUUUUAUGAUUGGUUUUUACUCUUUGGCAUGUUUAAACGGUUCUCCAACAAAAACACCUUGAAAACCAUCUUUCGCUUUUGGUCGUUUGACAAAAAUCAUUCAAAACGGCAUAAAACUUGGCUAGCCGU